AUGCGGCCCGGCGCCGCGCCGCCGCCGGGCGCCCCGCACGCCGCCUGCGCGCGCCUCGGCGCUCCGGGCCGCCCCACCACCGCCCCCCCCCGCCCGCCCGCCCUGGGGCGGCCCCCAGGACGCCGCCGCGGACGAGGCCCCCUCGGAGCGCCCAGCCCCCCACCCCCCCUCGCCCCGCGUCCCCGCGCCCCCCAGCGCGCACUUCCUCGGCGUCGGCGGAGCCGCCGCGCCCCCGGCCUCGGCCCCCGCCGCCGCCCCCCCCCCCGCCGACGACCCGCCGCCGGGCCCGGGUCACGCGCCGGAGGGGUCGAGCCGCGCCACAGCCAGGGCGCCGGCCCCGGCCCCGGCACCCCGCAGGCGCAGGGCCCCCCCCCAGAGCGGCCUCGCCGGCCCCCGCCGCCCGGGCCGAGCCACCCCCCGGAACCCGCCCCAGCCCCACGCGCCGGGGCUCGCAGCCCCUCGGGCCUCACGCACCGGGCCCGGCCGCGGCCAGCCAGCGGGGGCGCGGCGCCGGCCCGCUCUGCACGGGGCACCACAGCCCACCGCGCGCGGCCACCCCCCCCCCCCACGCCUCCGGGCGCUCGCGGCCCAGAACCCCCCACCGCCAGCGCCCGCCCGCCGCGCCGGGGCCGCCGCAGCCCACGCCCGCCCAGCAGCCGCGGCCGCACCGCCUCCUUCCCUCGGCGCCCCAGCCCCACUCGCCACGCCGCCCGCCCGCGCACCCGCGCGGCCCCCAGCGAGCCGUCGCGCGGGGCCCCCCCGAGCCCCCGAGCCGCCGCCCCCGGCGCCCCUAGCCCACCCCGCCUGCCGCCCCCCGCACGCGCGAACCCGCCCACGGCCCCCCUCGCCCCCCGGCCCGCGCCGCCCCGCCAGGGCGGGCCCCCCGCCCGCGCUCGCGGCCGGGGGCCGCCGGCGGCGGGCGCGCCUCCGCCGCGGCGCCCGCCCGCCACCCCUCCCAGCCGGCCGCGGCGAGCCCCACCCUGGCCCCCCAAGGCCAGCCGGCGCGGGCGGCGCCGGCCCCCGUGCCGCCCGGCCCGAGCCCCGCCCCCGGCCGACCCUCCCAGCCGGCCCCAGCCGCCCAAGCAGAAGCCACCCGACGCCCCCGCGUGCGCCGCCCGGCCGGCAGCCGCCCGGGCCCGGCCCACACCCCCCGCCCCCAGGCCCCAUCCGCCGAGCCGGCCCGCCGCCGCCGCGGCGGUUCGCCCCCGGCCGGCCCUGCCCCCCCCCCCGGCUCCGCCCGGCGCCCAGCGCCCAGCAGGGAUCGGCCGGCCCCAGCUCGUUUUCGCUGGAGCACCGGCCGCAGGCGCCCCGGCCCCCGCGGGCGCGCCCCGCGCGUCAGGGCCGCGCCACCCACGCCAAACCCCGGGAGCCGCGCGGCCCGCCGGAGGCCGCGCGGCCCGGCACGAGAUAGUCCCCGCCACCGCCCCGCCUGGCCCGGCCCCCCCCGCCCGCCCACACUCGGCGCAGCCCGCCGGUGCGGCCCACCCUACCAAGGCCCUCCCGGCGCGCGGGCCACGGCCCCAGCCGACGGCCCGCCGCCCCCCCGCCCGUCACGCCCGAGCCCCCCGCCCGCGGACGCCGCCAACCCCGCUCGCCCGCCGCGCGCCCGCUCCAGCGGCCCAGCCACCCACCCUCGGCCCGGCGCCGGGGGCCCCGCGCCCCCCCCGGCACCCCAGCGCCAACCCCCCCCCCGGCAAGACGCGGGCGCGGGGGCAGCACGCCCGGCCGGCCGGGCCCCCCCCCUGUACAGCACCUCCCCGCCCCCCCCCGCCACGGGGGGUGGAUAAGCAACAAUUAAUGGGGGCGACACGCCCUGCGCCCCGACGCCGCCCGGCCCCGGCGCGCCAGCGCCGGCCCCCCCCCCGCCUCAGCUCCCGCCGCCGCCCGUCCGGGCCCGCGGGCCGGCCCGGGGCGCUCCGGAUCCCGCGGCCCCGUCCGCGGCCCAGCCCGGCCCCACCCCCGGCUCCCGCGGCCGCCCGCGCAGGCCCGCCGGGGCUCCCUCACUCCGCGCUGCGGCCCCCGGCGGGGCCACGCGGCGCGGCGGCUCCCCCGCGCGCCCGCCCACGCAGCAUGCCCGAGCGGGGCGCGGCCCAGCCCCGCCCCACGCGCGCAGGCGCACGGCCGCACCCGCCGCGCCCCCGGCCAGGGGCCCGCAGGGCGCUCGGCGAGCCGAGGAGGCGUCAGAGCCGGCGACGCGCCCCCGCCGUCCCGCCCCCCCCCCGCACACACGGGCGCCCGCUCCGCCCCGCCGGCGCGCAACGCCGCCUCGGCGACGGCGCCCCGCCCCGGCCGGCGCGCCGCCCCCCCCCGCCUUUCCCUCGCGCCCGGCCACGUUUCCUCGGGCGCCGCCAGCAUCCCGCGCGCCCGAGGCCCCGCGGCACGCGCCCGACCCGGGCGUCCCGCCCCCCGCCAACGCUGGCCGCGCUCCCGGGGCGGCGCAGCCUCACCGCGCACCCAUGCCCGGCCCGGCGACCGCCAGGAACCCCCGGCGGGCGAGGCGAGCCCCGCACGAACCUCCCCGGCCGGGGGGCGCAGGCCGACGCGCCACCGCGCGCGCCCCCGAGGCGGGGCGGGCCGGCCCGCCCCCGCGAGCUAGCCGCACCCGCCGCGGAGCCCCACCCGCGCGCCGGGCUCUUCCGCCGCCGCCGCACCGGGCAGGCCGCCCCCGGCCGCCCGGCCGCGCCGGCCCCCACGCCGGGCGCGCCCCGCUGCCGCCCCCGUGCCCGCCUGCGGCCCCGCCCCCCCCCGCCGCGGGCGCGCUACCAGGCCCCGCACGUCCGCCGCACGCGGCCCAGACGCCGCCCGCCCGCCGCCGCGGGCAGGGGCCACCCCCCCGGCCGCCGCCCCUGCGUGCCGCCCCAGCCCGCCACAGUGACCGCUUCCUCGCGCCUCCGCCCCAGGCCCGCCCCCGCCGCCGCCGCGCGCCUUCACACACGCCGAGCCGGCGCCACGCCCCAGCGCCCCGGCGCACGGCCCCCCCCUAGCCCCUCGCCACGCCCGCCCCCGCGCCCAAGGAACUCCCGCCGCCGUGCGGCAUGCCCCUGCGGCCAGCCCCCUCGGCAUCCCCGCCCGGGGGCGCCGACGCCGGCCCGCGCGCCGGCCCGCGGCGCGGGCCGACCGCGCCCCGCGGCCCCGGCGCCCGAUCGCCCCGGCACCCGCCCCCAAGGCUUCACGCCCACCAGCCCCCGCCCAGGGCCCCCCCCCCCACGCGCGCCCCCCCGGCCCCCGCACGCACGGCAGGACUCGGGGCCCGCGCCCGCGGCCGCGCCUCACGGCACGGCCCGCCGCCCCGCCCAGGCCGGUCCCCGCCUCGGCCGGUCGCCUCCCCGGCGAGGCCGGGGCCCCCGCCACCGCACACCGCGGGGCCCCGCCGGCGGCCCGCCACCCCAGGCGCCCCCCCCCCCCCCCGCCCACCCGGGGGGCCGGGGGCCGGGCCCGCGCCCCCCCUGGACGCCCCCAGCGCGGCCGGCAGCGCGGCCCCCGCCCGGCCACCGACCCGGCCCCCCCCCCCCGCCCCCGGACCCGGGCGGCCCCGGUCGCUCGCGGCCGCGCCGCCGCCCCACGCCCCGGCCGCCCCGCAGCCGCGCCGGCCCCGACCGGCCCGGGCGCCCGGCGCGCGCGCGCCCCUCCGCACCCCCCACGUCCGGGGGUGCCGCACCCCCCCCGCCGGCUCGGCCCCCGGCCCCCCACCCCCGAGCGUGGGCCGCCCCUUGGCGAACACUACGGGCCCUUGGGCCGCCGGGGCCAACAGCGGGGGGCCCCCCCCGGCUGGCGACGCCGCGAGCCAAGGACCCAGCACCGCGGCGCCCCGCGGCCCCGCCCCCAGCGCCCCCCGGCCAGCGGCCCCUGCCCCGUCCGAACGCGCCGCGAAGAGAAGAGAGAAGGGAGAGAGGGGAACUCAGCAAGAUAAAGACGCGCCACGCCGGGGACCCCGGGCCUCUCCGCCAGCGCCCCGCUGCCGCCCCGCGGAGGCGCCGGGGCCCCGGCCGCCCCCACAGCCCGCCGCCGCCCCCAACCGUCCCACGCCAACAGCAUAGGCCGAGCCCUCCGCCUCGCGCCCCCCGCGCCGCCGCCAGGGGCGGCGCGCGCCCGCGGCACGAGCCGGGCUGCCCCGGGCAGCCCCCGCCAAGCCCCCCGCCCCGCAGCGUGGCCCGGCGCCACGUCCCCGCCCCGACUGCGGGGCGCAAGGCACCGACCGGGGAGCAGCGCCGCACUCGCGCAGCGCGCCGGCCCCGGCUAAUGCCCAGCCCCCCCGGCCGGGCCGCGGAGGCCCCGCGCGCGCGCCGGCCCCAGGCCCGAGUGGCAAGCCGCCCACCCCAGCGCCCCCCAGGCGCAGGCGCCCCGCCCCGCGCGGCCGGCGCCCCGGCUGGGGCGCCCCCGCCCCGGAGCAAGCCCGCCGGGCGCCGGCGCGCGGCGCACCGGCGGGCGCCACCCGCACCAUCAGAGCAGGCACCCUGCCCCAAGCCCCGGCCGUCGCCGCGCCGCGCCCCGGCCCCGCCCGCCCCCACGGCGGCCCCCCGCCACAGCCCAUUCGGCCGAGGCCCCGCGUCGCCGGGCGCGGACGCCGCCCGCCCCCCCAGCCCCCCCGCCGGCCGCCGGGCGGCCAAGGCCACCGCAGCGCCACCCCCCCGCCCGGCCCCCGCCCGCGCCCGGCCCGCCUUCGAGGCCGGUCGGCGCGCCCCCCGCCCUCGCCGGCCGCGCUCGUCGCCCCCCGAAGGCGCCCCCCUCCGCGGCCCGCGCGGAUGCCCGCGCCGGCGCCCAGCGCCGGGCCGCCGCCGCGGGCUUGGACGGGCACCCGCAACCCGGCGCCUCGCCCUCCGCCGUGCCCACGACGGCGCCCAGCCCCAGGCAGCCCUCGGCCGGCGAACUCGCCCCCGUCCCCCGCCCCCCCCCGGGGCCCGUCCGCCGCUCUCAGCCCCGCGCUCCGCCCGGCUCGCCAGGACCGCCGGGCUCGCCGUCCUCGGGCCACGGCGGCCCCGCCCACCGCCCACGACCCACGCCGCCCCCCUGCCGGGACCCCGCCACACUCCCCGUCCACCCCACCCGGGGGGCCGCCCCCCCCCCCAGCGCCCCCGAGCCCGGGCCCAUCGCGCCCACCCACCCCCCAGCGCGGGCCGCCAGCGGCGCGGCGCCCAACGAAGCCGCGGCGGGCAGGGCGCCCCCGCGCGGGUCGGCUACCCGGCGCCCGCCGCCUGCCUCCGGCCCGCGCGGCCCGGCCGCCUCGCCGCGGCCCGGCCCGCUCGCCCCGCCCCGCGAGCCCCCCCGGGCGGCGGCCCGCGCGCCACGCCCCGGCGCCUCGCGCCCAGCGAGACGCGCCCGCGCCUCGGCCCGGUUGCCCUGCCCCGCCGGCAGCCGUCGGCGAGCAAGGCCCGGGCCCCCCCGGCGCCACCACUAUGGGGCCGCCCCCCCCAGGCCAGCCCGGCCGGCCCCAGGCCGCCGCCCCCCGCCCCCCCCACGCGCGGCGCCAGCCGACCGCACCCCGGGCACCGCCGCCCCCGCCCCCGCGCCCCCACCGCCCCGCCGCCGGGCGCGCGGAGCGCGGACCCCCCGCCCGGAGCCGCGACCGCCACCCCGCAGACCCCACCCGCAGCACCAUCCCCGGGGCACCGCCCCCCCAGCCCCCCGCUAGCACCCCCACCCCAGCCCCCCCCCACCCCACCGCCCGCCGCCCACUGGCCCCGGAGGCCCCGGCGCUCCCACCCCCCCGACGCCGGCGGCCCGCCGCCGCGCCUCGCGGCCGCCCGGCCCCCCCGGCCCGCGCAGCCCCCGCACGCGCCCUCGGCGGCCCCCCCCACCCCUCGGGUCGCGCCCCCCCCCGCCCCGCCGCGCGCCGGCUGCCCCGCCGGCCCCACCCGGCCGGGCCGGGCGGCCGGCCCACUCGCCCCCCGCGCCACCGCCGCCCCCCCGCGCCGCGACAGCGCCCGGCGGCCCGCCCCCACUGGCCCCUCUCAGCGGCCCGGGCCGGGGACCCCCGCUCCACCCCGGCCGCGGCCAGCAGGCCCGCCCGCCCCGCCCGUCCUCGCGACGCCCCCCCGGCCCCAAGGGCGGCCAGCGCCGCGCCGCCGCGCGGCGCACGCCCGGCGCCUGGCUCGCCGCCUCCCGGGGCGCGGGCGGCCCGCGCGCAACAGGACCCGCGACCGUCCAGGCCCCCCCCCCGCCGCGGUCACGCCCAGGCCCAACCCCCCCAGCCCCCGACGCGCCCGCCCGGCCGGCCCUGCCCGCGGCCACCCCCCCGCCCCCCCGCGCCGCACAGCCGCGGCGGCGGCCCCCCCGCGCAGGCCUCCCCCGCCACCCGGCCCCGCGCACGCGCCCGCACCCCGGUGGCCCCCCCCCCCACCCGGCCGCCCCGCCCAGGGCGCCCCCGCCCACCCCGCACCGCCCGCCGACUCGCGCCGCGCGCGGAUGCCCGCCGCCCCGGCGCGCGGCCCCUCCGCCCGCUCGCGCCCGCGCGCGCGGGCUCCGCCCCGGAGCGACGCCCGGGCCCGCCCGGCCCCCAGCGGCGGCCAGGGCCUGUCGCCAGAGCCCACCCGGGCGGGGGAGCGCGACACCCCGAGGGCCCCACAUCCGCCCGCGCGGGCCCCGGGGCCCGCGCGCACGCGCGGAGCACCCGCGCACCCGCGCCCCACCAGCGGACGGCACUCGCAACCGGCCGCCGAGGGCCGCCUCGCGCCGCCCGCCCCUCCGUCCAGUUUCUCUCUCUCAGGUCCUCAGGUCCUCAGGUCCUCAGGUCCUCAGGGUCCCCUGAGGGUGAGUCUCAGUCGUCAUCAGGUCAGGUCAUAG